GUGCCACCGCUGCUAAUGAGAGCGGUCAUUAAGUAAAUGAGACGUCGCCUCUCGCUGGCUCGGGGGCUCACGCGCGGAGGGGAGAGGAUAUUGCGCUGAGGCCCGGGCGCAGGCUGCCCCCAUGUGACGCGGGGGAGGCAGCCGCCCGCCCCGCCCCCGGCCACCCGGCACCCCCCAUGUAAAUUUCAUGAUUGCUUUCCGUGAUGUCAUUUUGAGCGAGGACAGACAAUAGCUGUGGGGAAAGAAAAUGAGUUCCGGGGCGAGCUGCUGAGCCAGAGGUGGACGUGUGGGGACAAGGCCAGCGGCGGCAGGACCUCGAGGCCCCCGGGCAGGCGCGGCAAGAUGAGCUUGGAGAACGAGGACAAGCGAGCACGCACGCGAUCCAAGUCCCUUCGAGCACCCUCGGAGCCCGCAGGAGCUGACCUCAGCUGCCCCACCCCGGGGUGCACAGGCACGGGCCAUAUUCGAGGCAAAUACUCCAGGCACCGGAGUUUGCAGAGCUGCCCUCUGGCCAAGAAGAGGAAGCUGGAGGGCGCUGAGGCGCAGCACCUGGUGUCCAAACGGAAGUCGCACCCCCUGAAACUGGCUCUGGAUGAGGGCUACGGCGUGGACAGCGACGGCAGUGAGGACGCCGAGGUGAAGGAGGCCUCUGUUUCCGAUGAAUCGGAAGGAACCCUGGAGGAGGACGAGGCCGGGACGCCGGGACAGGAGGAGAUUCAUCGCCCCGAGCCAGCUGAAGGAAGGAGCCCUACCAAGUCCCACUUUGGACCCCACCCCGUCGGCAGCCCCACGGGCCCCUCCAAAGGCAGCUACGGCAGCUACCAGGAAAUCAUCGCAACUUCUCUCCUGAACUUGGGCCAAGUCGCUGGGGAGACUCUGGUUCGGGAGGGCUCGGGCCAAGGAGCCCAGCUGGGCCCCGGAGCUGUGCGCCUGGUCCAGGAGGAAGCCGAAGAAGAGGCCACCAGUGACGAAGGGGAAAGGGCCGUCUUCAUCCCGCCUGAGGCUGCAGAGGAAGUCAUCGAGGUCACCAGCGAGCGCUGCCAGGAGCUGAGUCCCCAGGCCCUGGAGGGUAUGACCAGUGAGGAGCCCAGCCCGCAGAAAGGCCCCCUGGGUCAUGAGGAGGAGGAGGAGGAGGAGGAGGAAGAUGAGGAGGAGGAGGACGAUGAAGAGGAAGAGGAGGAGGUGGCCAUGCCGGAUGAGGCCUGCCAGGAGGCUGCCCCCCUGCAGGCCCCCAAGCUCCCCAGCCCCCAGCUGGACGACUCGGUGGUGGCGGAGCUGCGCUCCGAGGACAGCAAGGACGAGGACACGCGCUCCCAGAAGUCCGCGGUCACGGACGAGUCGGAGAUGUACGACGUGAUGACUCGCGGCAACCUGGGCCUCCUGGAGCAGGCCAUCGCCCUGAAGGCAGAGCAGGUGCGCGCCGUGUGCGGGCCCUCGGAGCAGGGCCUGGGCGAGCCCCUGAAGGCGGCCAGGCCCCUGGACGCCGCGCGCAAGACUUACAGCAGCAAAGAUGCCUCCAGAGCAGAGAAGCGCGAGAUCAAGUGUCCGACGCCAGGCUGUGACGGCACGGGGCACGUGACCGGCCUGUACCCUCACCACCGCAGCCUGUCCGGGUGCCCCCACAAGGACAGGAUCCCUCCGGAGAUCUUGGCCAUGCACGAGAACGUGCUCAAGUGCCCCACCCCCGGCUGCACGGGCCAGGGCCACGUGAACAGCAACCGGAACACACACAGAAGUUUGUCCGGGUGUCCCAUUGCUGCUGCCGAAAAAUUAGCCAAAUCUCACGAGAAGCAACAGCCCCAGACGGGAGAUCCCUCCAAGAGUGGCUCCAACUCAGAUCGUAUCCUCAGACCCAUGUGCUUCGUGAAGCAGCUCGAGGUCCCUCCAUACGGAAGCUACCGGCCCAGCGUGGGUCCUGCCACACCCAGGGCCAACCUGGCCAAGGAGCUGGAGAAGUUCUCCAAGGUCACCUUUGACUACGCAAGUUUUGAUGCUCAGGUUUUUGGCAAACGCAUGCUUGCCCCAAAGAUUCAGACCAGCGAAACCUCACCUAAAGCCUUUAAAUGCUUCGACUACGCACACGACGCCGAGGCCGCACACAUGGCCGCCACCGCCAUCCUGAACCUCUCCACGCGCUGCUGGGAGAUGCCUGAGAACCUCAGCACGAAGCCGCAGGACGUGCCCAGCAAGGCCGCGGACAUCGAAGUGGACGAGAACGGGACCCUGGACCUGAGCAUGCGCAAACACCGCAGGCGGGACGGUGCGCCCCCUGGCGGCGGGAGCGGCAGCCCCGGGGUGAGGUCUCCCGACACCUCCCAGCGCCAGAGCAGCACUGGGGCCCCCAGCAGCUCCAUGACCUCACCCCAGUCCAGCCAGGGCUCCCGCCAAGAGGAGUGGGACCGGCCCCUGGACUACACCAAGCCCAGCCGACAGCGAGAGGAGGAGCCUGAGGAGUCAGAGCCAGCAGCCCAUUCUUUUGCUUCUUCUGAAGCAGAUGACCAGGAAGUGUCGGAAGAGAAUUUUGAGGAGCGGAAGUACCCUGGGGAAGUCACCCUGACCAACUUUAAGCUGAAGUUUCUCUCCAAGGACAUAAAGAAGGAGCUGCUCACCUGUCCCACCCCCGGCUGUGACGGCAGCGGCCACAUCACUGGGAACUAUGCCUCCCACCGCAGCCUCUCUGGUUGCCCUCUUGCUGACAAGAGCCUCAGAAACCUCAUGGCUGCCCAUUCUGCUGACCUCAAGUGCCCCACACCCGGCUGCGACGGCUCCGGCCACAUCACGGGAAACUACGCUUCGCACCGGAGCUUGUCAGGCUGCCCUCGUGCCAAGAAGAGUGGAGCCAAGGUGACGCCCACAAAGGACGACAAGGAAGACCCCGAGCUGAUGAAGUGCCCUGUCCCAGGCUGCGUGGGGCUCGGCCACAUCAGCGGCAAGUACGCCUCACACAGGAGUGCAUCGGGCUGCCCGCUGGCUGCCCGCCGGCAGAAGGAGGGCUCGCUCAACGGCUCCUCCUUCUCCUGGAAGUCGCUGAAGAACGAGGGGCCCACCUGCCCCACUCCAGGCUGCGACGGUUCCGGCCACGCCAACGGGAGCUUCCUCACACACCGGAGCCUGUCUGGCUGUCCCAGAGCGACCUUUGCUGGGAAGAAGGGAAAACUCUCAGGGGACGAGGUUCUUGGCACGAAGUUCAAGACGAGUGAUGUGCUGGAGAACGACGAGGAGAUCAAGCAGCUGAACCAGGAGAUUCGAGACCUAAACGAGUCCAACUCAGAGAUGGAGGCUGCCAUGGUACAGCUGCAGUCCCAGAUCUCCUCCAUGGAGAAGAGCCUGAAGACCAUCGAGCAGGAGAACAAGCUCAUCGAGGAGCAGAACGAGGCCCUGUUCCUGGAGCUGUCGGGCCUGAGCCAGGCCCUCAUCCAAAGUCUCGCCAACAUCCGCCUUCCACACAUGGAGCCAAUAUGUGAGCAGAACUUCGACGCCUACGUGACCACCCUCACCGACAUGUACUCCAACGAGGAGUGCUACCAGAACCCCGAGAACAAGGACCUCCUGGAAAGCAUCAAGCAGGCCGUGCGGGGCAUCCAGGUCUAGGCCCGGCCGCCGGCUCCACUGUUUACCUCCCUCGCCCUGCCCUCCCCUGCCGAUUCCCUCCCCACAGCGACUUGUCGGUGGUGGCCCCGGUGGCCUCAGGGCGGGUAUCCAAAGGGGUGCCUAGAGAUCCGUCCCUCGAUGCGCUGGCCGGGCCUCCGCCUCCCCUUCCCCGAGCGAGGGCAGAACGUGAAGUAUUACAAAUUGGUUUAUUUUUGUUUUCUGGACAUAAUCUGAAGAGCAGCUCGAAGUCUCCAGUGGUUCUCAGGGAAGUUUCGGAGUGUGUGGCCACAGAGCUCCUGCGUCCUGGGGGCCGGGAGGGUGGCCGUGGAGCCAGCCCGCGGCAGCGCGUCUGCUCACGGGGCCAGUGUGGCGAGUGUGUGUUCUGUUUUCAGUUCGUUCACUUUUGUGUUGAGGAUGAAAGGAAGCGCCGCCCCAGAGGGUAAGGCAAGAGCGGGCAGCCUGCUGCCGGCGGGGCUGCCCCCGGGGAGUCCGCUGCUGGCGCCCGGCACAGCACCUCCCGUCUGGGGGCACCGUCAGACCCGAGCGGGGGGCUGCGGCCUCUGCCCCCACGUCUGGCUCAGGCCGGGCCGGGACCGUCACUGCCACGUCACCGGGGUCACGGCUGAGCUUCAGCAGGGUGAAUGCAGCUGCAGCAAGGUCUGGGGGCAAACUCCUAAUUGGAGACCACCCAAGUUUUACUUAUUUUUAGAUCUAGUCAGGAUGGGAGAAAGGUAAAAUUUAAUUUAAUGUGUUAAAAACACAGUGUCCCUACGUGUAAAUAGAGUCCAAGUCGAUUGUGACGGCAAUUCCAAGUUAGUAUUUAAAAGUAGAGAAACGGCUCUUUCUGGAAGAAAUGAAAAGUAGUUAGUUUAAUUAUUCUGUAAAUUAUUUAAUUUUGUCAAGAUGUAAGUAUUUAUAUUCACAACCUCUUUUAUGUUAAUGUUUGCUAUUUAUUUGACAUUUUAUUUAUUAAUUUUUUACUAUUUUAACUAGACCCCGACACCAGGACACCAGGAGAGAGACAUAAACGAAAUCAGAGCAGAAUUAACUGCCCAACAGUGAGACAGGCCACAAAAAAGAAUCUUGCUAUAACUUCUAGUUAUAAUUUUGAUGCAACCAAGUUAUUUUUUAUAUAUUUUGUUAUUUAUUCUUUUAAUAAUGGAAUUUUUAAGAAAGUAUUUUGUAACUGAGGAAUUUUGAUAAUUUGGGGGUGUCCUUCCCUCGGUCCAGUGGAAAGAAAGACUCGGUUUUCUUUGCCCUUUUGGUUCCUUUGGUUCCAGGCCCAGCGCGGUGGCGGAACCUGUAUUUACUGUUCGUUUGCGUGUAGCGCAGCUGUGUGUCGUGUCACGUCUGUGCGCGGGGUCGUUAUGGUCGCUGGGAGGGCGUGCCGGCUGCCGCGGCGCCCAGCACCCACCCGCCCCCAGGACCUGUGCCCCCACGGCCCCGACACUGUGACCCUCCUUCCUCAGGAAAUGCGUGGAACCCACAGCGCAGCACUUCUCGGUGUGUUUGCAGGGUGAUUUCC